UAACUCUAAUAGUUUUUGCUCUUGGUUCGCCAUUCCUGUGAAGGUCGGCUGAAUGUUUCCAUAAUUGGAAACGACUGACAGCAAUAUGUCUUACACAAAUGAAGAUUAUCUUCCAAGUUUUGAAGAACUAACUGUACCAGAAAUUCAGCUUACUUCUGCAGUUCUUCAAGCUGGCGCACACCAGUAUGGAAAGUACUGUGACAACGCGAAUAAGGAAUUUAUGUUGUGUAUUUCUGAAACGAAGGACCCCAGAAAAUGUCUGAGUGAAGGAAAAGAAGUGACCCAGUGUGGUUUUGAAUUUUUUGGAAAAGUCAAACGAGAUUGUCAUGAAGAAUUUACCAAAUAUUGGAAAUGUGUAGAUGUGAGCGGAACUACAAUGGAGUUAAAUGGUUGCAGGGAAUUUCAAGGCAUAUUCGAUAAGUGUAUUAAAGAAAAGUUGGGACAAGACCGACCACCUUUAGGUUAUUUUUCUAAGAUCCGAGUUCACGAAUCCAAAAGACCCAAACCGCCACCUUUGCCUCAUCCUCUACCAGAUGCACUUCCCGAGCCACCAUCUCUAGAUAAAGUUCCUGAACCAGAUAUGCAUCCAUAUAAUCCACAGUUGUAAAACAAUGGCAAAACAAUCUCUCAGAGAAAUGUCACCAUGGUCAGUCAAGACCUCAUAAUUACUUUUCUAUGGUCUGAGGACUAUGUCAUAUUAAUAUUAAGGUAACCCAUAAUUAAUUAGACCAUAGAAAAGUAAUUAUGAGGUCUUGAUAGACUGUGGUGACAAAAAUAACAGUGUUUUCUAGAUCAUUUUAUAAAUGUAGUGUUACAGUGUAUAAAUAUUAAGACUGUUUGCAUUAAAUUAUCAAAAAAAAGAAAGGAUUUAAAACUACAUGUAUAAAAUACUAUUCAGUGCUAAUUUCUGUUAUAAGAAUAAUUUUAUGGAGUGAGAAAUAAGCUGUGUUUAUAACUGAUGUGGAAAUAUUGUUAAAUACUAGAAAUGUUAAAAUAAAUAUUUACUUAGACAAUU